AGAUGGAGGAUAAGAAACCACAGAGAGAGAGGGACUGAGAAAUGGAGAAGUAUUUUGGGAACGCGUACAGAGGAGACCCGGGGGUCCCACAUGCCGACCCGGAACGCUUUGUGAACAUAUGGAUCGGGUCCGCUGCCUUCUCUGCACUCACUUGGGUCAACCCCUACAUGUGGCAGCUCUCCAAUCAGUUCAACUGGCAUGACAAAGCAAUGUGCUUUGAGCAGUAUCACUGGAAGAAGGCCAUGAAGAAAGGGGAGCCCUACAAAUUUAAGUGGAACCAGUACAUGGACAAGGAUCUCAGAGAUUCCUACUAUUUCAACUGGCCUGUUUAUUUCCCUUAAACUUGAUUGUUUCAAUUGGCCUUGUUUAAGUUUUACUGAGCUGAAACUCUCAUAGCAUGAAGGAUAUAAUGUUUAUUAUGUAUUGUAUUGAGGGCUAAAAGCAGAAUCUUCUCCUUUAUCAGUAUCAGGCUUCCUGCCUUUUUGAAUGCCAGUGCGUUGU